AUGAAUAAUGGCACCGAUUCAGAUACGGCUGCUCUGCCUGCGCCGGAAGGCGAUGUGGCGGAUUUUGAACAUCCCUAUCGCUACUUACAUACCGCUAAUAAGGUAGUGGUAAUCGUUGGCUUGGUGUUGAGCACGCUGUGUAUGUUGGUGCGAAGCUAUGCGCGAUUCGUGGUGCUGAGGAAGAUGUUGUUGGAUGAUGUGGUUCUUGCUAUCUCGUGGGUGUUCGCCGUGGCUACUCAGGCUUUACUACUAUACGGGUAUAGCGAAGCAGGCAUAGGGGUCCACGAAUGGGAUCUCCACGAAAGCGAACACAUCAAGUCGAUGCAGGUCCUAGUAGCAGGUGCACUCCUCUACGCACCAGCCAUGGGCCUGUCCAAGCUCGCCGUCAUCGCGCUAUACUAUCGCUUCUCGGAACUGCGAAGCACAUGGAAAGCCACGAUUAUCGGAAUGGCCAUCUUCGUGACAUCGUACCUGCUGGUCAUCGAGUUUCUGUUUCUUUUCGGCUGUCGUCCUAUCCCCAAGGCCUGGAAUGAAGACAUUGAUGGGGCGUGUGUCAAUCGCACAACGAUCUUCAUGACGGGGGCCGUAGCGAGCGUCAUUACGGAUAUUAUCCUGCUCGUGAUUCCGCUCCCUGUUGUGUCGAGACUGCAGAUGUCUAUGAGGAAUAAGGCGUGGAUUUUCCUGAUCCUUUUACUAGGAAGUUUAUCAGUCGUAACCAGCGCGCUUCGCAUCUCCGCCAUAAUCCCCCUCUUCCACUCCAAAGACCAAACAUAUCUCUUCGGAAAAGUGGCACUCUGGAUCAACGUCGAAUGCAACCUCGUGAUAAUCUGCGCCGCGCUCCCCUCCUUCCGCCAAAUCCUCCGAAUCCACGAAGUCGGCUCCAGCGGCGGCAAAAUCCGACGACCGCAUCGCACAGCCAGCACGUAUCAACUACGGAAUGCGCGCCGCGAACACGGCUUCACGAACCUAAGCACUGAUCUUGAGAUGGAAGAUAGUCAUAGUCAUCCUGCAUCGAGGGAUCAGGAUAAUAUGAAUGGGUAUGUUGAGCCUGUACGGGCGAGAGAGACGCCGAAGCAGUAG